CAAGUCUGGCAUCACAGUUCUUUUGGUCUCGGUGUUAUAGUGUUGUUGACGAGAUGAAGAUCUUUGGAUUGUUGUGUCUAGUGGCAGUCGCCUCAUGCGGCCCGGUGGCUCAAGAUGAAUCGGUGGUUCGUCUUAUGGCCACCAAUUUUGUGGAUUGCGCCAACAGUGAAUUGACCCUAUGUCUGAAGGAACACGCUCUUAGAGCAACUGAGAAAUUGAGGGCUGUGAGGAAAUUGAACAUCAUCGAUGGAGUCACCAUCCUCAACAGCAGCCCUAAGGAGGCCAGGUCCUUGGACACACUACCCUCUGAACCUGAAGAGAGGAACAAGGAGGUCACUGAAAGACUGUGGUCAACAGCGUCUGACCUUCUUCAGAGGUCUGAAUUGGAAUUGAGCUUCCCAGGAUCUGAAGAUGACGAGAACGACUCCAGAGCUCUCAACGAAGUCGAGGAGAGCCGUGGCAAGAAGAAGAAGGAGACCAAAAAGAAGCUGAAGAUGCUGAUUCCUUUAGUCCUGAUCGCGAAAGCCAAAGCCAUUGCGUUGGUGGUGCUGUCUUUAGUUGUCAUUGCAGCUUCGAUCUUCAAGUUGGCGCUGCUCGCCAAGAUUGCCUUCAUUGUCAAGGCCAUCUCUAUCCUCAAAGCUCUUCUAGCUAAGAAGAACGAGCAUCACGAAGAAGAGGUUUGGGCACCUCCUCAUGAUGAUCACGGUCACGGAGGACACGGUGGAUGGGAAGGAGGCUGGUCUAGGUCGAAGAAAGACGCUGGAAACUUGGCCUACUCGGCUUACAGGAAGUAAGAUUGAAGUAAGAGACAUGCGAUUUGGCACCUGAAGUUGGGAAAACAUUGUUGGGUUAUUACUUCUAAAUUAUUUUAUUGCAGCAAAAAUGCUGUAUAGUUUCGUUCAAAAUAGGACCCGAGAGAUUUUAUUAUAACUUAGGUAAAUACUAUUUCUGUUUAGAUCAACUUCAGCAUGCCAAAUUCAGAGCUACCUAGACUGUUCACAAUCUUGUAAAACUUACUAACGGUUUCGAUUUUAUGUAUUGUUCAUUAUAUAAGUUACUCAUGAGGCCAGUUAAUUUAUUGAGUUAUUUAUUCGCGUGUGUGUUUGUGUGAUUUUAAAUGUUUUGUUUAGUUGUUUUAUUUAUUUUCUUUUCUGUCAUUUUACAUGUGAAAUUUUGGGUGUAAAUUUUAUGUUACUUGUUAAUUUGACUGAAAAGGAAUCUUUUUAUUUUAUUGUUUAGUGUAUAUUUGUGUAAAUAUUAUAUGUUUUAAUUAUGU